AUGUUUGAUCUACUGAUUGUAGCUUUUUGUGCACUUACAGUUGUGGCCUGUGGUUUGUUUAACUCAAUUGUCGAGGACCUAAGGACGCUCUAUGGGGCUGAAGGACCUUUGAGUGGAUCACAGGAUAUUUAUCUUAUAGCUGUGGAUUCUGUUAAUCCGGAAAUUGAUGAUGUACAAAACUUUUGGACGCCAGGCAGAGCCGUCGCCAUCACUUGUAUGGGUGUGGCCUUGUUGGCUGGCCUGGCAGUAGUUGCUUACCGAAAAUACCAGCAAGAAGGAAAGUACGUACGCGGAUUGGAAAAAGAUCUGGAAUCGCAUCGAACCGAGGUGGCCAGACUGAGAGAUCGUCUGGAAACUCAAGAAGAAGGACACGCAAAGACAGAGGAACACCUGGACAAGAUGACCCGAGACUUCCAAUUGUUGGAACACCAGCGAGGACGUUUGGAGGCUGAGAAAAAGAUGCUGGAAGAGGCUCUGGAAAAGAGUAAGCUCCAGGAAAGUGAAAUGGAACGUCUCUUGGAAGGUGCAACCGAGCAGAACGAGUUUCUGCAAAAUGAAAUUGUGGAGAAAGAUCUUUUGAUUGAACGGAACGCAAUCGAAAGAAAAGAAAUCGAAAGUUGUUUGGAAGAAGAAAAGAAAGCAAAAGACAGAGAAAUCGAGAUUUUGGAAAAUGAAUUGAGAAGUCUUUUCCAGAAGAUGGUGACGAAGGAGAGAGAGCUGGAAAGUGCUCUGAAGGAGGGAACCGACCUCACCUUGAGAUUAAAGGAAGCUGAAGCCACCAAUCAAGUGUUGGCUUCGGCGAACAAAUGCUUCAAGAUGGCCAAUGACCAACUGAAAGAAGCUCUGGAAGAGAAAGAGAAGGAGAGCGACCAUCUAAAGAAUUCGAAGGAAGCUUCAACACAAGAAAUAGCUGUUUUACGACAGAAGAAUGCCGAUCUCCAGAAGCAAAUCGAAAAUGAAGAGGAAAAGAACAAAAUUUUAAAUGAAGAAGUUCAGCAGAUGAGAAAUUGGGUUGCUGAACUAGGAGGUCAGAAUGCUAAGAAGGAAGAGGAAUUGGUCAAGAAAGAACUGGAAGUAAAAUCGAUGAAGAAUUCCCUAAAAGAGGCAGAAGAAAAAAAUAACAUUUUGAAUGAAGAAGUUCAGCAGAUGAGAGACUGGGUAGCUGAACUAGGAGGCCAGAAUGCCAUGAUGGAAGAGGAAUUGGCUAAUAACGAAAAGGAAAUAAAUUCAUUGAAGAAUUCUUUACAAAUGGAAGAAGAAGAGAACAAAAUCUUAAAUGGAGAAGUUCAGCAGAUGAGAAAUUGGGUAGCUGAACUAGGAGGUCAGGUUGCUAAGAAGGAGGAGGAAUUGGCAAAUAAAGAACUGGAAGUAAAAUCGAUGAAGAAUUCUUUAGAAAAGGGAGAAGAAGAGAACAAAAUCUUAAAAGGAGAAGUUCAGCAGAUGAGAGACUGGGUAGCUGAACUAGGAGGACAGAAUGCCAAGAUGGAAGAGGAAUUGGCUAAUAACGAAAAGGAAAUAAAUUUACUGAAGAAUUCUUUGCAAAUGGAAGAAGAAGAGAACAAAAUCUUAAAUGGAGAAGUUCAGCAGAUGAGGAACUGGGUAGCUGAACUUGGAGGCAAAAAGGCCAAGUUAGAAGAAGAGUUAGGUUAUAAAGAACAGGAAAUAGAUUCACUGAAAGCAGAUGUUCACCUGAUAAGAAACUGGGCAGCUGAAGUCGAAGGUGAAAAGGCUGAGAUGAAGAAUUGUUUAGAAAAUGAAGGAGUGAAAAACAGACUUCUGAAUGAAGAACUCGAAAAGAUGAAGAUGCGGUUGGCUCAAUUGGAAGCCAUGAAUUCAGAUAUUAAGGGUGAGGUGACCCGAAAAGAUAAAGAGAUUAUGUCAAUGGCUAAUGCUCUAGAAAACGAAAAGGAGAGGAAUAAAGAAUUAAGAAAAAAAUUGCUUAAGGAAAUUGAAAAACUUGAUUACAUUGUAUCAUUGACAUGAACCAUGGAUAAAUGAUUCAGAUAAGGUUGACAACAAAUGGUCACUAUCUUUUGCCAAAGUUGGAGAUAAAGUAAAACCUUCAA